AUGACAGCAGCUUCAGUUCUACAAGAUGCCUCAUCUCAGCCAGGGUCUGCUUUCGAAGAGUAUGCUGGAGAGUAUGUAUGUUUCUUUCAUAGCUGGAUGCUUUCGAUCUAUCCGGUUUGGUCUCACAGAAGCUCACGGUUUGGAGAGAAAGGACAAGCGUUGCAAUUCAACUGGUUGUAUGAAAAAGUAGUUUCCACGAGGACUCUACAUUCUCGGUUAAUUUCGCUAAGCUUAACUUGA